AUGCCUACGCUGCGCAGAGAAGCGUUACUCGACUACCAGUUACCAUCUACUGUGCAAUCUCUACAAGGAGGAUGGCAACUCACAUGCCAGAGCGGAACUAUGGUUUCCACCCUAUUCGUAAUUGCUGCGACACAGCUAUUGGCUUUCUUCAAAAAUCCAAACCACUUCAGCACAACACAGAAUAACUCGGAGGGCGCACUUCGCGCGCUCAUAAUCAUUUGCUAUGCCUCUCUAUUCUUCAACGCUAGUGCAGCAAUCAGUUCCUUCAUCCUAAUGGACAAGCUCGGGGAAUUACCGUUCCGUGCUGCGUCAAAGCGUCAAUCCAUUUUACCGAGCGGCGGGACGAUCACUGGCAAUUCUGAAGAUCUCUUGAAGCGAUAUGGUGUCGGCAAACUUUGGACUGUCCUAGUAUGGCACUGGUUUGUUUCCUACAUGAUUGGAACCAUCUCCAUCAUCACUCAAGUAUUGCUAUAUGUCUGGUUGCAAGAAUCCAAGGAAGCGCAAAUUGUGUUAUCUUGCAUUGCAGGAUUCUCCUUUCUCCCACUAGCUGUGCUCUUUACUCCUUAG